AUGUCGCCUCGGUCUUCCCAGUGUGCUCAUUGGGGUUCACUUCGCAAGAAGCAAGAGCCCCAAUGGGUCUGGUCCUACAAACAACGACAAGAAUCAUUAGACAAGAUCAACUUCUAUCUACGCAACUCCACAGACGGUCUUACUGAGACCCUCAAACACCAAUGUAAAAUGCAAUUAGUUCAUCUCGACUACCUUACUGGUGCUACUCCUUCUUCGCCUGGCACACCAUGGUUCCAGCCCGAGCCCGAGGUUGAGCUGAACCCGUGUUUAUUCACUGGUCUGCGGACCGGCCAAUUCUUCAAGGCUCAUGAUGAGAUUCGCUCAUCUCCGGGUAUGGCUCAGAGCAAGUGCGAUCAGUUGCUUGGAACAGCACUGGCCGCUGAGUUCGCCAAGCAACGCAAAACUGCUCGGAUUGAUGGAGAGCGUCCGUCGUCGAUGUAUGAGACAUUCACUCCUUGUGAGAAGACUACCAAGCGGCUUGCUUUCCUUCCUGGCAAAGUUCGUCGGAUGGAUCAGACUGUCGACGACAGAAGCAGCCACCGGAUCAUUACUCUGGAAGCCAAUGAACUGGCCGACCAACUCCAGCCAAGUGUCAAUGAGCUGGAAACCAUGGUCAUCUUCCUUCGAGAUGCGAUGUACGAUGGAGCAAAGGCUAUGCGGAAUCCCCGUUACCGUGCUGAACUGAUCGAGUUCCAUCACUUCUUCCCAACUCUCAUGGUCUCCAUCUACCACGGAGCCCAAGCCCGUGUAUUAUAUGGUUGCUUUGAUGGAAACCAAUUGGAGGUGCAAUACACCGAUGUCCAACAGUUUACUGAAGACGGGUUCUACGACCAAAUUCAAGGUCUCCUGACUUGGUCUCUGCCCUUCUGUCUAUGGGAUACAACAACCAUCCCAAGACUGGCAUCUAUCAUUGAGGAAGAGGAAAGUGAUGAGUGUUCCACUCCGGCGCAUGGAGUCGCGCGCGCGUACCAGCCACCACAAGAGGCGAAAGCCCACUUCAUGUUGGUUCCGCCCAUUGAAGUACUGGAUACGAAGGCGGCGGCGAAGGCAGCCAAAAAAGCGAAGAAGGAGAUGGAGAAGAAGGAGAUGGAGAAGAAGCAAAAGGAGUUGAACAAAAAGCAAAAACAACAAAAAAAGAUGGCGUACGGGCUGAUCAAGCCCCGAAAAAAGUGA